GAUCAUUAACGGCUAGGUAACUGAACGAGCUGUAAACUUCGUGCAAAAAUCAAUAUAGACUACAACCAGACAGCCGUGAUUCACAAACACGGCAGACCCGAGAGCAAAGUGUCUUAAAACAACUCAGGCCUACGGAACGGAACUGCUGCAGAAUCAGGAUGCCUCUCAACGCUGGCGCUUCACUUUAUCGACGGUCCCUGAAACUGGCCCUUGAUUGGGCCGUUCACCGCCAUAUCUGGAGAGGACAAGCUGUGUAUAUCCGCUCACUUUUCGAGGCCAACAAAGAUGUUCGCGAUCCCCGUCAGCAGAAGGUACUGCUUCAAGAGACAGAAAAGCUCCUAGAGACAUGGAAACACCCUGACCCUUACCGCGCACCUACGGCCCCGGGUGGCAGCAAGUACGAGAGAAACAUUCCCGCCCCUCAAUUGCCCCUUGCUUCGGACAGCUCGGCACACUGAGUAUGACUGCAGCUCCUAUGCGCAGUUAUCUUGUAUUCCUAGGUCCAUAGAUGAGAAUAAAUUGCGUACUACAUCCAUAUAUCCUGGGGGACCUUUAAUUGCAUAAAUAUUGGGCCACUUCUAGGUGAAAACAGCUCAAAGGACACCAUUUGGUCUUCACUAGGCGAGCGCACUCCUUACACGAGUCUUGACUAGGAUAGAAAAUUAAAUCCGUGAAAAUGCUGUCGGUAUCAUUCCAUGUCCGUAGACAUAAUGUACAACCAUAAACUGUGGAAACUAGAAAAAAGAAAACGCAGAGCCAUAAACGUUCCGACCAGAACCCCGUUAUCACAUCAAUAAGAGAACCAAACCGCGCCGAAUCAGAGAACCCAAAUUAGAAAGAAAUUGUUUACAGCUCCUGGCUUCCCGGGCC